CAGGCAACGGGACAUUCAUUUCCCGUCGCAGCCAUCCGUCGAAGGAGACUCGUAUACGUCCUUCGUAGAACAGUGUUUACGAGAAGGUCGACUUCAAGAUAUCUCUAACUUUUUAAGACGUUAAUUCAUAGAGCCAAAGCGCAAACCACGAGUCUCUUACUGCUCGUAUAAUUUAAAAUACAUUAAAUCUUAGGUAUCAUUAUUGUAGUCUCUUGAGACGAAAAUAUACUACGAAGAUUAAAGAUUAAUUUCUCGACCUAACCCAGAGUAAAUUAUAGAGCUGUCUAGCAGUCGGUGAUUGAAAAUGCCUUCGUUGUAUAUCUCUCUCUUUGCAACAACAGCUGUAUUGCUCGUAGCAGCGGCAUCGGGAACUAAGAAAGAUCAUUACAGAUUCCGCAGCGACCAACCGACGACGGAGGAAGACGAGGACGACGACUCGGGGCAUCACCACCGCCACAGGCACGACCCCUACAGCGGCGUCGCCCAAGUCUCGCGAUGUCGCCACAACUUCAACGACCGCACGGAGGCCGGGAUCAAUCGUCAGAUCAACUUCUACAUGCACUCCGGAUACGUCUACAACAGCAUGGCACAUUACUUUGGCCGCUGCGACAUCGCUCUGCCAGGAUUUCAGAAGUUCUUCGAGCAGAUGGCCACGGAGCAGAGAGAACGCACUGAAGCCCUCAUGAAGUAUCAGAACAUGAGGGGAGGUGAGGUCAAUCUUCAGCAGGUCACCGCCCCAACCACAAACGACUGGGGCACUGGAAUAGACGCCAUGAUUCAAGCCUUGGAACUCGAGAAGACCAUCAAUCAGGAAUUGCUGGAAUUGCAUAUGGUGGCAAUGCAACACGAUGAUGUCCAUGCGGCCUCUUUCAUCCAAACCAUUUUCCUCGCGCCCCAGGUUGAGAAAAUCUUUACCAUUAGUCAGUACAUCACUAACUUGGAGCGAGUAGGACCUGGCCUGGGUGAAUAUAUGUUCGAUAAACUUCCGCAAAAUUAGUUCCUGGCGACCCCUUCCCGCCUACCUGCUUCCGGUGUUCUUCCAAGAACGCUCUAUUCGCCCAGCCAAACUACUUACAACGUUCUUCCAGGAACGCUCUUACCAUCCAGCCAAACUACUUCCAGUGUUCUUCCAGGAACGCUCUUACCAUCCAGCCAAACUACUUCCAGUGUUCUUCCAGGAACGCUCUUUCCUCCCAGCCAACCUGCAAUCAAAGCUCUUCCAGUCUCUUCCACCCGACCUGCCUCCGGUGCUUUUCCAGGCGCACUUUUCUCUUCCACAUUGCCUACUUCCAUUGCUCUAGCAGACAAAAAAAAAUUUUCCAGCCUGCCUACUUUCUUGCUCUUCCAAGUAAAGUCUGUUCUGUUUAGCUGCGUGAAUAAGACAGUAAUUGCUUUUCCGUAAAUUAUUCAUGAUCGUGUUCUAGCUCUCAUGUACUUUAAUUGCACAUUGUUACAUGUAUGAUUUCUGUAGCAGUAGUUCGUCUAGAAGAACUUACUUUCUGGCCAGAAGGUUUAUCUAGUAAAAUGCAUUUUUAUAAACAAUUGUUCAUUAUAAUGAAUGCAUUUCGAAAACAUAAGGUAUAAAUAAACACAAUGCCCUGUCCCUUCUGAAGCUUUACUUCAGUUGCCCAAGUUACCAUGACAAUGAUGAUGCAGGAACUUUUAUCAUAAGCUCUAAACCAUUUCUGAAGACGUCUUUUGGGCCAUUGAGCCAAAAGACCUCUUCCUUGGGGUGCAAAUGUGCCGAAACUUGUAUUGUUUUUGCCAUUGCUGCUGUCGCAGCAUAAUAACAUGGGCAACUCAAGUUGUUACGUUUUGACAUUAGUUUUUCCUUUUAAGUUAAAAUGGACCCGGUUUUAGAAAUAUUGCAUCCACAUAAAGUUACGAUACCUUUGCAAAAGAAAACUAAUAAAUAAAAGACCGUCAUAUAAUUGAUCAACCCUGUUCUUGUGAAAGUUGCUGAAACCAACAUUCCUCAGUAAUACAAUGAAAGUGAGUAUGUUCCAGGUUCGCGUCUGUAAUUUGGUAGUAGGCCUUCAGUGAAAAGAAUAGUAAUCUGACCCUUAUUCAUUAAAAACAAAACCUAUUUUUUUAAAUAUAAUAUAACACAGUAGCUUCCGAUCUUUUAGUAUUUCUGUUCUUUUCCGGCGUUCUGCCUAGAUUAGAUACCGAAUUGUUUUUCGUAACAGGGCACAAUGAAGCUGGGGCUAAAGAGUACUUUAAAAUGAAGAUUGUGUCUUUCUGAAGUGCAUAACGGUAACUACAGAGCUCAAGUCUAUUGUGCCUUUCAUAUUUGCGACACUGAGAUAGAAGAGGUCGUUUUUAUUGUCUUGAUUCUGACUACUAUAUGACUAUGAACGAAAAAAGUUUGUAUUCACUGUGAAUCAGUUUUAAGGCAGCAACAAUGGUACUUAUAAUCGUUUUACUUAAUAACAGAUUAUUCAAUACAUAUAUGUAAGAUAUUAAUUUUCUUGUUCCUAGCUGUAUAUAGCUCAUGCUUAUUACUAUAUACAAACUUGCCCAGAGAAUUUUUCCUCCCUCCAGUGUAUACUGAGAAUAAGAAUUUAAAUAAAUAUUUUGAUUUAACCAUACUGGAGUCAUGGAUGGGCAUAUACUUGCUUACUAUUAAGUAUAGCUACAGCAAUAUCGCACAAAUAUUUAAUAUUCUAAUAUUUUAUUCAUUAUUUUAUUCAAAUUGAUUCUCACUAUAUGUAUAAAAGGAAUACAACUAUAUUGUAAUAGGUUGUUGUUUUAAUAAAUCUAUCAUUUCU